GGGAACUUGUAUAAAAUACGCCGCUCUUGACUCUGGGCACUUGUUGAUCUAGGCGCAUACACAGGAAACCGCGCACAUCUUACUGAGGACUUGACUCUGCAGGAAACACCCUCUUAUUUCACAUUUUUAUACUAGAAAAUUUGCACUAAACGUUCUUGGAGUGUUUGGAAAGAAACGCUCAAACAGGCGCAACUGUCGAACUGAAAAGCUUUAAAAGCGCACUUAGAAAGUGGUUAUCAUGUCUGGCGAGGAGGAUCCAACUCAGCAGCAACAGCCUGAGCAGGAGAAAAAGCCCGAUGAGCCUCCCUCAGCUGCUUCGGAUGCACCUCAGCAGGAGUCAGGCAGCAGCAACCCUGCAAUAGAACCACCAGCAGCUGCAGCAGAACCACCAGCAGCUGCAGCAGAACCACCAGCAGCUGCAGCAGAGCCACCAGCAGCUGCAGCAGCACCAGCCGCUGAGGAGAAGCCGCUCUCCUUCCGCGCUCUGGUACUCACGGGACAUGGGGGCUACGACAAAGUCAAGCUGCAGGUGAAGACGAUGGCCAAGCCGAAGCUGAAGGCAGGAGAGGUCCUGGUGCGCGUCAAGGCAUGCGGGCUGAACUUCGCCGAGCUGCUGGGCAGGCAGGGGCUGUACGAGCUGCUGCCUUCCCCGCCCGUCACGAUGGGAAUGGAGGGCUCCGGGGUCAUUGAAGCAGUCGGGGAGGAUGUGAAUGACAGGAAAGUUGGCGAUCGUGUCAUCGCAUUGGCCCGCAGCGGCAUGUGGCAGGAAGUAGUUGUCGUGAACGCUGACCGCACCUUCCUUAUGCCCGAGGAGAUGAGUUUUGAGGAAGGUGCUGCUUUAACUAUUAACUACAUGACCGCCUACAUGAUGCUGUUUGAGAUGGCCAAUCUUAGGCCUGGCAAAAGUGUUCUUAUACACAUGGCAGCAGGUGGUGUGGGUAUUGCUGCUACCCAGCUGUGUCAAACUGUGCAGGAUGUGACUGUUUUUGGCACGGCAUCGGCUUCCAAACAUGAGACUAUUACCCAAGGCGGGGUAACUCACCCCAUCGACUACCGCACCAAAGACUACGUGGAGGAAAUCCGCAAAAUCAGCCCGAAGGGUGUGGACAUUGUCCUCGACCCCCUAGGUGGCUCUGACACCCAAAAAGGCUAUAGUUUGUUGAAGCCCCUGGGUAUGAUUAUAGUCUUUGGUGCAGCCAAUUGUGUGACGGGCCAGAGGAAGAACCUGCUGGCCAUGGCAAAGACCUGGUAUAACCAGCUCUCUCUGAACACCAUGAAACUGAUGCAGUCCAACAAAGCUGUCAGCGGCUUCCACCUGGGAUACAUCACUGAUGAGCAGCUCUUCGGCAGGACUAUGUCUACGCUGCUUGAGCUCUACAAGCAGGGAAAGAUCAAGCCCCGCAUUGACUCCAGCUAUCACUUUGAGGAGGUGACUGAAGCCAUGAAGCGCAUGCACGAACGCCAAAAUAUUGGGAAAGUCAUCCUUCUUCCUGAACCCAAGAAGGAGGAAGAGAAGCCAAAGUCCAAUGCUGAGGCUGGGGAAAAUGUGGAAAAAAAUGAUGCUGCCAUCAGCGAGAAGAAAGAAGAGGAAGUUAAAGCAGAAAAGGAUUGAGUAAGAGUGUUUAUUUCGAGGGUUUCCUUUUUUGUUCGGUUGUUUAAGGAAAAAAAAAAAAAAGGCAGGGUGGAGGAAAAAAAGCAAGAUGUCAUGAAUUCUUUGUCAGUAUUUUUGGAAAUGUUGAUGGAUUUUUGUUGUGCAAUAUGGUUAUACUGUGGUGUCUUUGUCUGGAACACUUGUUUGUAACUUUUAAAUAAAAUGUCACUGCAUUCUGAUACAUCACCUGAAGAAAAAUGCGUUCUGAUUACGGACGGUUGUUAAAAUUCACAAUUGGCAAAAGAAGACAGCAUUUAUUUGUGUUUGUGUUUUUUGGUUUCCUAUGACAACAGCUUGGUCCCAGCUCUAACAUAACACUGGUGAUAACAACAUACCAGGGCUGGUGCUUAUAAAACUGAACACUGACUAAUCACUUUGAAAAGUAGGACUGACGAGCUUUGCUUAAAAACAAAAAAUUGCAUUUUUAGCAGUGUUUAAAUGUGACUGUGCUGCCUUCAGACUACAAUCGUGUCUACCCCAGCAUCCAAUCUGCCAACAGCACCUCUUCAAAUUUGGCACACCAAUGAACCAACAUCACAACUUGCAUUAUAAAGAUUGUCCAGCUUUGUACUGCAUAUACAGUUAAGAUCAUUUGGGCAAGAUGUUAAUUUUUUUUUUUUUCUGUACAUCACCAUGGUGGACUUUAAAUCAAACAAUCAACACUUGACUGAAGUGCAGACUUGCAGCAUAAAUUUAAGGGGUUUAACAAAAAUCUGCAUUAAUAUUUUAGGACUUAUAGGGUUUGGGGUUUUGUUUUUUUUUUUUUUAAAUAGACACUAGUGGGACAAAGUUGUCUCAUGUUUGACAUAAUAUAUAUAUAUAUUUUUUUAAUGGUUUGGAUCAUGAGCCAUUCCUUUCCUUCCCCAUAGUUCUCAGUUUUCAGAACCGUGCUAUUAGAUGCUUUCUGGCAAAGUCUAUGGCUGCCUUGAGUGUAACUAGAGGUUUGCACUUUGUUGUAAGACCCUCUGUAUUUCCAUUCAUGAAGCCAUCUCUUGAUUGUAGUCCUUGACUGCCUCAAGGGUGUUAUCGACUUCAGUGGUUCUGUGUGUGUGUGUUGUUUUUUUUUUUUUUUUGUUGUUGUUUUUGGUUUUUUUUAAAUCAUCAAGGGGGAAAAAAAAAAAAAUUCUGUCAUCAUGUCAGCUGUCUUCUGUGGUCUUUCGGGGCUUUUGGUGUUCUUGACCUGGUCAGCACAUAGUUUUAGAAAUUAUCAGAUUGUUGAUCUGACCAUUCCUAAAGGUUUUGCUACCUCACUGGUGGGUUUUGUUUUUCUAGCCUAAUCUCUCUGAGGUUCAUAUAUAACAUUAAAAUGAAAAGCUAUACAACACAAAUUCAACACUUCAGAUAUUCUGUCUACUUAAUUUGUCAUUAAUGACAAGUGAACAGCUCUCACCUUGGCCAUGUUGUCAAAUUAAUUUUGAGGCUCUGAAAAUGUCUAAUUUCUAAACAAUUCAUCCAAAAUAUUUGUCAAAUCCCUUUAAUCAAAGAUGAAAGUCUGCACCUCAGUUGUUUGGUUUUUACAAUCUCCUGUCUUUACACAGGCAAAAAUUACGUAUCUAACUCCACACAGGCUGGAUUAUGCAUGAAAAUGAUCUUCAAUCAUACAUACAGUGUUGGUGUAUGUCAUUUUGGGUAUUAUUGAGGGUAAAAACUCAGUUAAAUAAGGAUAGUGUUUCCAUUUAAAGUAAGUGGUGUGCUUGCAUGUUCUGAGAAUUUUGUGAUCACCCUAAAAGAAGAAUUUCCAUUAAAAGAUUGGCAAGUUUAUUUAACAAAAUCAUUUGUAUUUGUAAUUUAUGAUUUUGAUCAUUCACUUUUACACUUUCCUCCAAAUUUUCAACAUUUGUUAUUAAUUUUGAAACUGGUGCAAAAAAAAAAAAAGACCAUAAUUAUGUUAUCUGGAUGCAUUUGAGGGUUCAAACAGCUCAUGUGUCAUGCAGAAAGACCUUCCACCUAAAUGUAGUUUUUUUUUAAAUAUAUUAAUCCUGAUCAUUAAUUAUGUGAAUUAAUAACAAUAAUCAAUUAUUUCCUGUUUAAUACGAAUAACACUUGUGAUUAUUGCCCUACUAAUGUGUGCAAUGAUGAGAUGCCAUCUUUUUUUUUUUUUUUUUUUUCCACUUACUCUGCAGUGACAAAUGUUGUUACACGGAUCUUUGUUUAAGGAAAGCCUGUGUCGGUGUGUUAUUGUGUCGCUUUUGCAGUUUCCUCACUUAUUUGUGCCAAAUCUGAAACCAACUUUCACCACUGCUGUCAAGCCAACUGUGAAUAACAAUUAGAGGGACUUCCGUGCCUUGGCAGUCACUCUUGUGUUUUCUUCCAAAGAAUGUCCCACUGAAACGGUUUGGCGAACCGUUUCAAGGCAGGUUUCUUUCCUCCGUUUUCUUCUGUGCUUUAGAUGCGUUCUUAAAUCCUUCACUGCCAUCGUUACAAUCAAAGUUUACAGGAUUACAGCGUGUGUUACUUAGCAAUUCCUUGUCUCCGCACUGAUGCAUUUUAUACUUUUUUUUUUUUUUUUUUUUUGUUGCUGUUGAUGUUGUUUUUUGGUCAUUGCUUGCAUAUCUGCUCCUUUGAAUGGAUGACCUAUAUAAGUGGCGUUGGGGCUCAGUAGUGCAGAUGUUUUGUCCAGAUGUGGGUGUAAUUCAAUGCUCGAAGCAGAGGAUGCGGAGCACAAGAGGAAGAGUUUUCCCUCCGUCCACACCAUCCCAGCGCCUCACAUUCCUCUCUCCACCCUCUCAGUGCUGCUUUGUGUCUUUCUGUCUCUAGAGCUUAACUCUCAAACUGCACCUCCCUUUCCAGCAGAGCCGGUUUCGGUUUCUGAAGAGCACUUGUAACAAAGUUUCACAGAUAGUGUUUUAUGUUAUUUACAUUUGUGACAUUGCUUUAGGCGACUUGGACUAGUAUUGUUAAGUUUGGCCAGCAUUCCUUCUCCUAGUUUGAAAUAAGAUGUGAUGUGGAUUUUUGAGUGGGAUCUGGAGUCUGUGAUUCUGUGAUGUUUCCAGCGGGAGUGGGAGUUCACGUAGAAGUCUUUCAGGCUUUGUUCACUUGUGUCAUUUUUUUAACCCACAAGCCCAGUCCCUACAUGACAGAUGAAUGUUAACCACCUAGCGAUAUAGCAACAUUGAAUAAACAAAUUUUAGUCAGGUUUAGUGAUUUCUUUUAGCCCUCUAAUUCCUCUCUGCAAGCCGCUUUGCUAAAAUGAAUGUGAUUGGAGACACAAACGGGUUUGAGCCAGUGUUUAGGCUUUGAUCAAUAGUGGCUGUCCGCUCAUGUUCUCCGUAAUUGUUGGUUAUGCGUAAACUGAUGCAGAAUUAAAAAUGGUAAAUGGCCUGUAUUUGUAUAGCGCCUUACUAGUCCCUAAGGACCCCAAAGCGCUUUACACAUCCAGUCAUCCACCCAUUCACACACACAUUCACACACUGGUGCGUGCAGUGAACGACACCUAGUGCUCACUGAGAGUUGCAGCUCUCCACAAUGUUGCCUAUUAAGAAGCUGUACUGUAGCGUGUGUUAUCAAAUGUUUCAUAUUAAUAUCAAAGAAAUAAACAGGAAUUCAUCCACAAAAGUGCUAAUUUGCACAGACUGCUCUAAUUAAAGUGUAUUUGCGUUAGUUUGACAGAUGCUUCAUACAUCAACAUCCAAAGAGGUCCUGUCUGUUUAAAAAAAAUAAAAGCUCUUUGUAAAUUCUGGCUGCAUUAAAAAUCUCAGUUCAGCAAUUGAAAGUCAUUCUUAUCAUUAUUAUCCUAAACUAUGUUUCAUAUCUAUCAGCAUCUAAUUUGCAGUGUAAUUACUUCCAUUGCUUGUGUGACAGUGUUGUUCCAAAACUAUUUAAUGUGUUACUGUUUCUUUUUUCCUCGUAUACACAUUUCAAACAAACGUCUUCUGUGUUCAUAUGGCACUAACAUGUCUGUAUUAUUAAAGCAUUAUCACAUCUU